GCGGUCCCCACUCCCCGCUCCCGCCGCCGCCGCCGCGGAGGGGACAGCGCCAUGCCGGGACGGCUCCGGGCGGGACGGGCGGGCCGCGCCCCCGGGGCUCCCCCGCGGACGCCCGCGCGCGGCCCCCUGCGUGAGGCAAAAGGACUCCCAUGGAAGAGGGAACUCUUUGUCCGUGUUCCAGAAUGUGUUUCCAAGCUCAUCAGUGCAACAUGAUACUGCUGCUUUGUGUUGAAAUGCUUGAAGAACACCCACUUCUCCACUGGCACCCUACAUCCUACUGAAACCAUGGUCUUCUCAGAAGUGUUGACUGCGUCCCAUACUGGGACAACCAGCACAACAUUCGUAGUCUAUGAAAACACAUACGUGAAUAUCACGCUCCCUCCACCAUUCCAACACCCUGGCAUCGGUCCGCUGCUUAGGUACGGGCUUGAAACCAUGACUCCCACUGGGAUGAGUUCCUUGGGGGUGAAUAGCACAGCUGUACCCCCAACACCAGCAGCUUUUAAGAGCCUAAACUUGCCUCUCCAGAUCAUCCUUUCUGCUAUAAUGAUAUUUAUACUGUUUGUGUCUUUUCUUGGGAACUUGGUUGUUUGCCUCAUGGUUUACCAAAAAGCUGCCAUGCGUUCUGCCAUUAACAUCCUCCUUGCCAGCCUGGCAUUUGCAGACAUGUUGCUUGCAGUGUUGAACAUGCCCUUUGCCUUGGUGACUAUUCUUACGACCAGGUGGAUUUUUGGGAAGUUCUUCUGUAGGGUAUCUGCUAUGUUUUUCUGGUUGUUUGUGAUAGAGGGAGUAGCCAUCCUGCUCAUCAUUAGCAUUGAUAGGUUCCUUAUUAUAGUCCAGAGGCAGGAUAAGCUGAAUCCAUACAGGGCUAAGGUUCUGAUCGCAGUUUCCUGGGCAACUUCCUUUUGCAUAGCUUUUCCUUUGGCUGCAGGAAACCCUGACCUGCAGAUACCUUCCAGAGCCCCCCAGUGCGUGUUUGGGUACACAACCAAUCCAGGUUACCAAGCUUAUGUGAUUUUGAUCUCUCUCAUUUCUUUCUUCAUACCCUUCCUGGUGAUACUGUAUUCCUUCAUGGGCAUCCUCAACACCCUUCGGCACAAUGCCUUGAGGAUCCAUAGCUACCCUGAGGGUAUAUGUCUCAGCCAGGCCAGCAAACUGGGUCUCAUGAGCCUACAGAGACCCUUCCAGAUGAGCGUUGACAUGGGCUUUAAAACGCGUGCCUUCACCACCAUUCUGAUUCUCUUUGCGGUCUUCAUUGUCUGCUGGGCCCCAUUCACCACUUACAGCCUUGUGGCAACGUUCAGCAAGCACUUUUACUACAAGCACAACUUUUUUGAGAUUAGCACCUGGCUGCUCUGGCUCUGCUACCUCAAGUCUGCAUUGAACCCGCUGAUUUACUACUGGAGGAUCAAGAAAUUCCAUGACGCCUGCCUGGACAUGAUGCCUAAGUCCUUUAAGUUUCUGCCCCGGCUCCCUGGUAACACAAGGCGACGGAUACGCCCCAGCGCCGUCUACGUGUGUGGGGAACAUCGGACGGUGGUGUGAAUACCGGCACGGCCUGACGUUUUGGGCGGCAGUCAUUCUCUACCUGACUUUGAAUUUUCUUUCACAUGGCUGUCCACUUACACUUGUUUUCUUUAUAGAGCCUGUGUAAGGGUGUGUAUGCAGUGUAAAGAAAGAAUGGUGGUUAUAAUUCUCUUACCAAGAAUACACAUAGGGAAGUAAUCACCUAUGUUACCUCCAGGGUUCAAGCAACACAUCCUCGAUUUAGGGUGGGAAGAUGGCUUUUUUUUUUCUUUGACUGGUUUUGUUUUUGAAGGAGGAAUCAGGAUUGUGCUUUACUGCGCCUGCCGUUACAUUGAACUCCAGGUGUUUUGUAGCUGCUAAGUUGAGUUUAUCAGUUAGUUUUUUUUUUCUGGAAGACACGGCUGCUUACCGCCAUCAUAUCGGAGCCAAAAACCACUUUUACAUCUCAGUAGAUAACUAUUUACUUUUAUUUAAAUAUAUAACCCAAGGGGGUUAGAGACAUUUUAAAGGUCAUUACUAUUUACUUUGGUGCACUUUAAGAAACAAUGUACAAACUAAUUCAGUCAUAAAUUGUUUUUAUACAUGUAGACACGUUGUGCUUUAGGAAGUAUUGCAUUAUCAUUUCCAGGAAGAUAGCUUUUGAAAAAUGUUUUGUCUGCAUGUAUGGUUCUAAAGAAGAGAACAUAAAAAUACAGAAAUUUUUCUAAGCACAAAAGCAAUUCUUUAGGGCGAUAGGGCAAAGUUGAGGAGACAGAACCCUUGCAAAUUUAAAUGGGACGCAGUGAAGGCGAGGCUGCUGCUGGCCGUGGUGUUUCCUUUUACUCAAGGACUCUCACCGAGUCCAGGGCAGAGAAGGGCCUACCGUUUCUUGAACACCUACUGUGUGCCAGGCACUGUGCUUCAUUGUAUCCUCACAGCAUCCUAUGAGGUAGGUAUUAUUUCUUCCAUUUUUAUAGAUGAGGAAAGCAAAUCUCAGAGAGACAAAAAUCCUGUCCAAGGUUAGUGGUAGAACUGGGACCCCCAAAAAUCUGUCAGAGUCCUGAGACGUGCUCUAGUCCACUGUGCCACACGUAACAUCGGUCAUAGAUGUUUCCUAGUCAAGAGGCAAUGCUGUGUGUCCUUUAAUUUUUUUUUUUAGACUGAAACCUUCCUCUUCAAAAUAAGUUCACUUUAUUUUUAAUUACCAAAAGAUGUGUGAAACCAUUACAGAAAGUCUGGAAAAUGCAAAGAAAUAAAAGCACUCACAGCCACCCUUUUAUACUGGAAUUUAAACAUUUUAGAUAAGUAGCGCUGUAAGGAGAGAAGGUGAUUUUUUUUUGGUUUGGUAAAACAAGUGACUGCCAACUGUAGAGAAGUUAAAUCCUGCAUGUAGGUCUUAGCCACGCAGGUUCAGGGGUGUCCAGUCAUCCACGUGUUUCUAAAUGUUCAGGGCAGAACAACAGGAUUGCCUGGUGCUUUCCCAGAGCAGAGCUGGAGUCUGUGAGUGUGUUGGAAUUGUGUCUCCUACAAAGAAGCAAAAAUAGGCGUGAUUCCAAGCCUAGAGCAAGUCUGACAGGACAGGUCUGGGUUUUCAAAUUAUUUUUUCUCUUGCUGACCAUCUGUCCUUGCCUGGUGUGUCCAGAGCGUUUGGUCCACUUCUCAGAAAUCACUGACAGUGCACAGAGCCAACAGAUGUGGUCUGCAGAUGAAGGCUGUGUGAGGGCUGAGAGCGUAGCCUCCUGGCCACAUCAUGGGCUUUACAAACAGGGGAGUUAACUAGGAACACUUUCUGGACUUGCAGUAUCUUUUCAGAAUUUUAGUGCUUUGUGAGCCAGUGGGACAAAUGAGCCUUUAUGAUUUCUUCAGUUUUACGACCAGAGAGUUGAAAUCCAUGAAUCUUGAAGGUCUUGCCGAACUCCAAUGUGCUUUCCUCCGUGUGAGGGUGGAGAUUUUUGAAGAGGCCAGCAUCACGGUCUGGUCUCCAGUAUUACCUUGUAUUUUACUUCAUUAGCUGGGUCUGAGAAUGGAAUGUCUGAGGAGCCCGUGGCACGGUGUCAGGAGUUAGGACUUUGGAAGUUUGAUGACGUCUCAAGAGAUGUAGGAAACCCUUCUCUUAAGGCAAUCGUGAUGCUAAUGGAACUCGUUUUCCAGUUAAAGGACUCUUCUGGGACUCAAGCAUAUUGAGUCAACAGACUGUUUGGGGAUCAUCUUCCAAAGACAGUCACCUACCUCUUUGAUUUCUGAUUUAUAUUAUGCACAUGAAAAA